UCACACAUAGUACUAGGCAAAAGCUUAAGUUUUCAUUUUUGCCUCGUGUCAGUUCAUUGCAGAAACAAAAUCUUAAAAAGCUGCUCUGAUUGCAUGAAUCAGAUUUUUUUUUUUUUGUUACAGUUUUCACUGUUUCAGUUACGUUUGAUGUAUAAUUAUAAGCCUUAUAUCAGGGAAUUUUUUUUUUCAGAAAUGAGUAGAAAAUAUAUUUGUUUUUCUUAUAUUUGGAUAGAUGUGCUGCUGUAGCAUGCACAAAUCCAUUCUUCUCAGCUAAAGUCAUGUUAAUGCCUUCUCAAUGUCUCUCUCUCUUGUCAUGCUGCUCGUGGUGGAUAUAUAAAGGUGGGGAUAUUAGCACAAUGCACUCAGCACAUUUAAAUGGUCAGAAUCCGAGCCAUGAUACCUCAUUUGAAGUAGUGGCCUCAUAUGGAAAUAAUGACCAAAAUGAGGGCUUAUUCACUGAAAAAAAAUCAAACAAUGAUACCUCACAUGUUUCAGUAGCCACAUCUCAAAAUGAUGACCAAAAUGAAGACACAAUCAUUCUGUCUGCCUCAGACGACUUAAAGAAUGGCUGGCAAUCAGAACGAGAGAGUCCUAAGCCCAGAUCCUGGAGCUAUGACGAUCUUCUCUCUGAUGGUCAGGAUAAAGGAAUGGGAAAAUGGCCUGAAGGCAUUGUCUCGGUGAUGCAGAAUGGAGAACAAAAAGUUUUUUCCCACAGUGACAAUAGGAAUUCUGAGGAAUGCAGAGAGCGCAGCCGACACUGCUCAGCCCAUACUGCACCAGGUUUCCUCAAAUUGUACAAGAAGAUGCACUACAUCAACCGACAAGAGCUUAGCAAUUCACAUGUUUGCUCUGUCAAAACCAGGAUUCAGAAUUAUGAGAGUGAUCAGCGCAAGGACCACUGCUUGAGCAACAAUGGUUCCAGCAGUGAGAUACCUCAUGAUAUGGUGCACAACAGGAUCUCUGAAUUUGAGCGUUUAAUCCAAAAAUCCAAAUCCAUGCCAAACCUAGAGGGUGAUUGCCAGAAUACAGGUCCUUCCAGGAUUACCAACCAAAAUCGCAGCUACUCCAUUGAGUCCUUGCUGGAUGAAGAGCCACAAGCCAGAAAUCCUCCAGAAGGACAGCCACAGUACCACAAGAUUGUGCCAACAGUGCCAAUUCACAUCCAAGGGUCCAACAACCACAUAAGAUGCCCUACUGUCCAGCAAGAUUUCUCAGACAGUGACCAUGAUGCUGUUGUGUCUGAUGUUGGUGACUUUGUACAGAUUGAGGGCUCAUCCUACUGCAGUGAGAGUGACUUUGACCACUGCUCCUUCACAUCUUCUGAGAGCUUCUGUGGAUCAGGCCAUCAUCAUCAGUAUAACAGGCAGCUAGUGAGCUCCUGUAAAGGCGUGUGCCCAGCCUCCUUCACACGCUUUACUACCAUGAUAAAACACGAGAGGGCCAAGAAAGAACAAAGGCAUCGACUGCAUGUGGAGGAGUCUGACAUCGGCCUCAGUAAACUGGCCUUUCUGGUCAGCCCAGUGCCUUUCCGUAGAAAGAAGAACUCCCACAUACCAAAACCCAAGAGGUGCAUGUACAGAGCUCUUGACUCAGCCUUGAAGGACAUCUAUGAACACAUUUGCACUGAAAAACGCAGGGGCAGCCUGCCAGAAAACAGCAUCCUCCACAGGCUUCUGGCAGAGUUGCUACCUGAAGUUCCUGAGAGGAAGUCCUCUCUGCAGGCUCUGGACCAAUCCAGUCCAGCCCAGCUUUCGCCUUGCCAUGCCCUGCCUGAUGGAAUGUACAUGCAGGACCAGCCAGAGUACUCCCAUCUGGCCUGCAGUUCCUCCUGCCACCACAAAGACAACAAUCAGAGCAAUCAUAAUGCUACGAGAUGCUCUCAAGGUGGAUUAUAUUGAUCAAUCACCAAUGUUCCCAUAUUCUCUUUCGUGUUUGGGCUCACAUUCCUCCAACCACCCUCCAUGGCCUGCACUCAAAUCAUCUACAUGUUUUUGUGAAUGUGUUUUGUAGUAGAAAAAAUUUUGUCAUUCUUCAUUGGAUGUUUCAUUGAACCAUGAUUUCGCUGAUUUUUUGUUUGUAUAAUAAUUUGUUAGUACUUACAAUAUCUUUUGAAUGGACCUGCUGUAUACGUGGGUGUUUCCUGAAAAAAAAAAUGGAAAAGUGAAGGUUGCAGUCUAAAACGCUGUAUGCCAACCUACCAGUGGAUAGCCGACCUGUGAUUGUGUUCUAUGUCUUAUGGCAUGCAUGCUACAUCUUUUAUUUACAUUGGCACAGGGUUUAUCUUUCCAGUCUUUAAAUAAACCUAAUGGACAUGAAGUCCUACUUACUUUUGAAAGGAGCCAAGAGCUUUUAAAUGACUACUCCCCUGAGCAAAGAGCCAUGCAAGCAUUUGGCAAUGAGAAAUCCUUACCAUGUGAGACUUGCAUAAAUACAUUUGUUCCAUGCAGGGGAUCUGUUUCCAGUGCUAGACUAUAAAUCUGCCUGAGUUGGCUGGUAGAAGUCAUUCAAAAGAGAUCAAAGAGAUUUUAAAGAUCAGAUUUAUGUGUAUUUUUGUAUUAGUGAAUUAGCUUCUUUCUUUCAUAUAAUUAGCUAUAUUGCUUCUAUAAUUGUUCUGAAUAAACACACCAUAACUUCACCAGUCCAUACAUUCUGCAUGUAAUUGUAGUAGGUCUUCUGUCUGGAUGAAUUGAAUUUCUUCUUCCUCAUUUUUUUUUGCUUCUCUCUU